CCAAUCGCCAAUCAUGGAAAUGAAUGAUUUUUCGAAAGUUACGAUUCAACAAACGAAGUUUGAAGUUAAAUAUUAUUAGAGAGACCGAAAUGGUAGAACUUGCAAGAAGAAAGAAAAAUGUUAAAAGUGUGUCAGUUUUACUUCUAUAUGAACUGCUAUCUGUUUUUGUAAAGUUGAUGUUUUUUGCCUCCCUGCAAGGACGUACGUACAUGUACCGUAUGCACGUCAGUAUCUACGCGAAUGCAUGCCCCCGGGAAUGAGAUUGAAACCAACGCGUUCUUCACGUUUCCAGUACUGCACAGAAAUUGUCAAAGCCAACGAUGGCAGCGGGUCCUCCACAGGAGAGAAACCAAGAUGCUACAGUGUAUGUUGGUGGACUAGACGAAAAGGUAUCUGAGGCGUUGCUAUGGGAAUUGUUCUUACAGGCAGGACCAGUCGUGAACACCCACAUGCCCAAGGACCGGGUGACCCAGCAGCACCAGAGCUACGGCUUCGUGGAGUUCAUGAGCGAGGAGGAUGCAGACUAUGCCAUCAAGGUCAUGAACAUGAUCAAGCUGUAUGGCAAACCCAUCAGGGUCAACAAGGCGUCAGCCCAUCAGAAGAACCUGGACGUUGGCGCCAACAUCUUCAUCGGCAACCUGGAUCCCGAGAUUGAUGAGAAGCUCCUCUACGACACAUUCAGCGCCUUUGGGGUCAUACUGCAAACACCAAAGAUCAUGCGGGACCCCGACACGGGUAACUCCAAGGGCUACGCCUUCAUCAACUUUGCCAGCUUUGAGGCGGCUGACGCCGCCAUCGAGGCCAUGAACAGCCAGUACUUGUGCAACCGAGCGAUCACCAUUUCGUACGCCUUCAAGAAGGACUCCAAGGGAGAGAGGCACGGCUCUGCAGCAGAGAGACUCUUGGCCGCCCAGAACCCCCUCUCGCAGGCUGACCGACCCCAUCAGUUGUUUGCCGAUUCACCAGCCCCAGCUCAGGCCAACAACCUGCCUCCCCCUGUGAUGCCUCCACCAGGUGUACCACCCAUCCCUCCUGCCACAUCAGGACCUCCCUCCUCCGGUCCACCCUCCUCGGGCCCGCCCCCCAUCCCGCCUCCGGGGAUGCCCCCUCUUCCACCCCCUGGGGUGCCCCCUCCCGGCAUGUUCCCGCCGGGCAUGCCCAUGCCGCCCUUCAUGCCAGGCAUGCCGUUCCCGCCCAUGCCCCCUAUGCAUCCAGGGCAGGAUGGGCCCAACAUGGACCACGGUCAGGGACCUCCCCGUGGACCCCCUCAUAUGCCACCAGGCCCGGGCCAUCGUGAUGGACCCCACGGUCCACCAGGAAUGUUCCCCCCUCCAUUCCCCGGGGGUCGAAUGCCCCCUAGACCACCACCGUUUGGUGGGCGUGGCCCGAGGGGACCUCCCCCAAUGCGUGGCAUGCGUCCGCCGAUGCGACCGCCUCAGCGUCACUUUGGACCGCCCAGGAACUGAUCAAUGCCCUUUUGAACCCCAUGACACGUGGUGCGCCGUUUCGAUGGGCAGCUCCAGUCUCCUCCGGUCUGCACUUGAUGGCCAUCCAGCCGUCCAGCUCCUCGAGAAGUUGUCUCGGCGAGAAUCUCAGAAAGUGUCCCCUUCAUUUUUUGGAAGUACUGCAAAAGCUUUUUUACUGGUUUUCAAGAUUGGCAACGUUUUGAAGAAGUUGAUCCCUCCAUCACCAGUUUUAAAUAUGUACAGUCGACUCUCGUUAUAAAGAGCACUGCUCUAACAAAACAUUGUAAAGAACAAAUUCUGAGAAUCCCACUUUCUUGAAUUCUUAUGUUUUUCUUUGGUUUUUCCACUCCUCUUAUAACAAAGUUCAGUCCCUGCAACUUUGUUAUCACGAGAGUCAACUGUAAUUGCAUUAAACAAGCAAAAAAAAUGAGGCUCCGUUUUAGCAAGAUGGAUUGUACUUCUUUUUUUCCCAUGAGUGUUAAGUAGGCCCCUCAGUUCAGAGGUUGUCUUACAUGCGCCCUUCCUCCUCAUCAAAACCUUUCCCGCACGUCACUGACCCCUCCCCUCGUAAUUUAAUUAUUGGGCCGCUUUAUUUAGAGCUGUUUUUCUAAAUUUGUUUCGAAGACAUUUGGCUUUGCCACAUUAGUUUGGAAAAAAUUGAUUACAUGUAAAUAUUUUGGUAGUUUCCCCUUUUUUCAUGAAAAUCGAGUUUUAGUUGUAAUAAACAGUACAGAAGUCAAUGGGUGUACAUAUA